UCCUCUUUCUUUGACUUUUCCCGUCCUGCUCAAUCCGGUUGCCGAGAGCUUGUGGAUGCAUGUUUUUCUCGGUAACCAAAACAGAAGCGGAAAGAGCGUUUGUUUCCCAUUUGGGUUGUUAAUCUUGCACAGCGAGGUAGUGCUAAUUAAGGUCUUGCAAGAAGUUGGGUGAACGUGGACGUCGAGGAGGCUCUUUCCUCGAACCGUCCUCGUACUUUGUGGGUGAAACCCCCCUGCUUUCCCGUUCGGGGUUUGGUCUGUACAGCGAGGCUGUGCUAAUUAAGGUCUUGUAAGGGAUCCGGCGAACGUGGACGCUGAGGCUCCUCCUGUGAAUCUUCCUCGUAUUCGCGGACAAGUUCAUCGCGACGCGAUGAAUCAUCGUCGAUUCCGGGGAACGUGGAGUGUGGCUGCGAGACCCGGAAAAGAACGGUGAUAAAUGGUGGUGGGUUCGUGCCAUUUUUUUUUUCUUCCUUAACAAUUAUGAGCACAGAGCUUUUGAAAGAACUUUCUCUUCUGAAGUCGUACGGUAUCAGAGAUUCUGAUCUGAGCAUCGAGAACAGGGGGUUGAAGGGAGGGAGGCCUCUCUGUAUGCGUAGGGUCUGAGCUGAAACCUUUUUUUUUUCUUUGCCACCCACUAUCGACGGUGGUCGUGAGAAGCAUCCUGAAGGAGGAAAGUUUGACCCGGUUUUGCUCAUAACUUAUUUAAGUAGGAACUGGCUUCGCAGGCUUCUUACACAUCAUUAAGAGCUUUCGCAUUCAGAACACCAUCUUCUUACACUUUAGCUAUAGUUCUUUAUAUUAGCUUCAAGGUGCUUCGCUUGGUUGAGCUUUUGAACUUUAGAGCUUCCACCCUCUUCUAUCUAACAGAUUACCCUCUGUUUCAAGUUCAUCUCCCAUGGCUUCCGAGAAGAAUGAAGCGAAAGAAAUCAAUACUAAAAGACAGUCAUCGGUGAACCAACACUCGCAAAAUGAGCAUCACAUUCACAAAGUGGGAGUCCCUCCCCGGCAGAAACUCUUCAAAGAAUUCACGUCCACCAUCAAAGAAACGUUCUUUGCUGACGACCCUCUUCGCCCUUUCAAGGACCAACGCCCGUCUCGAAAGUUGCUUCUAGGAAUUCAGGCCAUCUUUCCUAUUCUUGAGUGGGGAAGAAGUUACACUCUUAAAAAGUUCAAAGGAGAUCUUAUUGCUGGACUCACCAUUGCAAGUCUCUGCAUUCCGCAGGACAUUGGGUAUGCAAAGCUUGCAAAUUUGGCUCCGCAGUACGGACUUUAUUCCAGUUUCGUUCCGCCAUUGAUAUAUGCCUUCAUGGGUAGUUCAAGAGAUAUAGCCAUUGGACCAGUUGCCGUGGUGUCUCUUUUGUUGGGAACACUGCUGCAGAAUGAGAUUGAUCCGACGGAAAAUCCAGUUGAGUAUCGCCGACUUGCCUUCACGGCAACUUUUUUCGCAGGGAUAACUCAAGUCACCCUCGGUUUCUUCAGGUUGGGUUUCUUGAUUGAUUUCCUAUCCCAUGCUGCCAUCGUUGGUUUCAUGGGUGGAGCUGCCAUUACUAUUGCACUCCAGCAGCUUAAAGGUUUUCUGGGCAUUAAAAAUUUCACAAAAAAUACUGAUAUUAUAUCGGUUAUGCACUCAGUUUUGGGAUCAGUCCGUCAUGGAUGGAAUUGGCAGACCAUAGUAAUUGGAGCAUCAUUUUUGGGCUUUCUUCUGUUUGCCAAGUACAUUGGAAAGAAGAACAGGAAAUUUUUCUGGGUUCCUGCAAUUGCUCCAUUGAUAUCGGUCGUCUUGGCUACUUUCUUUGUGUACAUAACCCACGCAGAAAAGCACGGCGUUCAAAUUGUGAAGAACAUUGAGAAGGGAAUCAAUCCCUCAUCUGUGAAAGAAAUAUAUUUCAGGGGGGAAUAUCUUCCGAAAGGUUUCAGGAUUGGUAUCGUGGCUGGUAUGAUUGCAUUAACGGAAGCAAUUGCGAUUGGAAGGACUUUUGCAUCCAUGAAGGACUAUCAACUGGAUGGGAACAAAGAGAUGGUUGCACUAGGAACAAUGAACGUUGUUGGGUCAAUGACUUCUUGCUAUGUUGCAACCGGUUCGUUCUCCCGCUCGGCAGUGAACUACAUGUCAGGGUGCCAAACUGCGGUCUCCAACAUCAUCAUGUCCUUCGUCGUGUUCCUAACAUUGGAGUUCAUCACCCCUCUCUUUAAGUACACGCCGAAUGCGAUUCUCUCGUCCAUCAUUAUUUCAGCUGUCAUUGGCCUAAUUGACUACGACGCGGCGAUUCUCAUAUGGAAGAUCGACAAGCUCGACUUUGUGGCUUGUCUUGGGGCAUUCCUCGGAGUAAUUUUCGCUUCGGUUGAGAUAGGUCUCCUAAUUGCGGUCGGGAUAUCCUUCGCUAAAAUCCUUUUACAAGUGACAAGACCAAGAACAGCAAUCCUAGGAAAGAUACCUCGAACAGCAGUAUACAGAAACAUCCAACAGUACCCAGAUGCAAUGAAGGUUCCUGGCAUUUUGAUUGUCAGGGUUGAUUCUGCUAUAUACUUCUCCAACUCUAAUUACAUCAAAGAGAGGAUAUUGAGGUGGUUGAGAGAUGAGGAGGAACAACUAAAAGCAGCUUAUUUACCGCAAAUAAGGUUCUUGCUAGUCGAAAUGUCACCCGUAACCGACAUUGACACCAGUGGCAUCCACGCCUUGGAAGAGCUGUAUAAGACUCUUCAAAAGAGAGAUGUUCAGCUUGUCCUGGCGAAUCCUGGACCAGUGGUCAUCGACAAGCUCCACUCGUCGGGUUUCGCAAACUUAAUCAACGAGGACAGGAUAUUCCUCACUGUUGCGGAGGCUGUUUCAUCUUGUUCUCCAAAACUGGUGGAAGAAGCUUGAGGGAAACAGCUUGGUCCAAGAAUCGACAAUGAAAGGGAUCAGACGAGUUCAUUGCUCAGCCUCCAGUAGAGUAGUGGGGUUUUUGGGUCCUCAUCAAACUUGGGGUCAAGUGGAUGUCUAGUAGACAUUGUCUACUAAAGAUAGGUGCUUGAAAAGGGCACUGUGAUUGACGAUAAUGUUCCCACUUUUUGUGUUUAUGAUCUUGUGAUGAUGUUAUUAUUUAAGAAAGAAUGCAUCAUUACCUC